UUCAAAAUGUAGAGAGCGAGAGUAGAAAAGAGAGUAACAGUGAAGCAAAAGCCAUCCAUCUCCAAUCACUCCCAUGGCUUCAACUCCAAUUCAUCUACGCAUCUGAGGGUUUCUCUGAGCGAAAACCCCCAUGAAAGAAGACUCCAAUUUGACUGAGCCCAUUGGGCAAAACCUAAUCAAAGUGAUUAGCAAUGUCUGCUUCUCAGUCUUCGUCUUCGCUGUUCUCAUCUUCACUGUAAUUGCAAUCACCUACCAGCCUCCAGAUCCAUGGCUGGAAUCCUCACCGGCCCUCACCAAACUCUUCACCCAAUUCCACAACGCCACCUUCCAGAACGACAAUUCCGUCCUCAAAACCGGCGAGGAUUUGCCUGAUUUCGGGGUCGCUGAGACCCCCGCGGUUGCUCCGGCCGUCAUGCCGAUCACCGAGGCGGUGAUUGAGGAGAAGGAGGAGAGGGUGACCAAUAUGUCAUUGAAAUCGGAUUGUGAUCUGACAGGGCCGGUGAAUUGUUCGGACCCUCGUGUUUUGAUUGCUAUCGAGAGGUUCAACUUGAGGUUUUUUAAGGCAAUUGUGUUUUUGGAGUAUCAGACACCGGUGAGCGGAUCGGCUCCAAAUGAGUGUGAUGUGUCGUGGAGGUUUCGGAACAAGAAGGAGAAAUCAUGGCGGAAGUAUAGGGAUUUUAGGAGGUUUAGGAUUGGUGUAGGUGAGAAUUGCACGUAUCGUGUGACUGGUGCAAAUGGCUGGCAUUCGGGUGUCAAUGCUCGGCGGCAAAGGAGUAGAGUUAAUGCCACGAGGAGUGGUGGGGGCAUUGGUAGAAUUGCCCCACCAGUCCGUGAUGAAGAGAUCAAUGAUACGAUCCCGGUUUUGGGAUCAGAGAUGACUUUUCGGAAGGGGAAGUACUUGUAUUAUUCACGUGGAGGGGAUUAUUGUAAAGGGAUGAAUCAUUUUCUUUGGAGUUUCUUGUGUGGCCUUGGGGAGGCUCAGUAUUUGAACAGGACAUUUGUGAUGGAUUUGAGUAUCUGUUUGGCAGCAACAUAUAAUCCAAGUAAUAAGGAUGAGGAAGGAAAGGAUUUUCGGUAUUAUUUUGAUUUCGAGCAUCUUAAGGAGGUGGCAUCAAUCGUUGAGGAGGGAGAGUUUUUGAGAGAUUGGAAAAAGUGGGAUCAUUCGCGGAAAAGGAAAGUUCCAGUUAGAAAGGUUGCGACCUAUAAGGUUACACCAAUGCAACUAAGUAAGGAUAGGAGCACAAUUAUCUGGAGGCAGUUUGAUGCACCAGAGCCAGAAAAUUAUUGGUAUAGAGUAUGUGAAGGGCAAGCUGCAAAGUAUAUUCAGAGGCCAUGGCAUGCACUGUGGAAAUCAAAACGGUUGAUGAAUAUUGUUACAGAGAUCAGUGGGCGAAUGGACUGGGAUUUUGAUGCUGUCCAUGUGGUUCGAGGUGAGAAAGCACAGAAUAAAGAGUUAUGGCCCCAUUUGGAUUCUGAUACUUCACCUGAUGCCCUCCUUGCUAAGCUGAAGGAGAUGGUUCAUCCAUGGAGGAACCUGUAUGUCGCAACCAACGAGCCAUUUUAUAAUUAUUUUGAUAAACUGAGGUCUCAAUACAAGGUUCAUUUGCUUGAUGAUUACAAGGAGUUGUGGGGAAAUACAAGUGACUGGUACAAUGAAACGAGGCUUCUAAAUCGGGGCCGCCCUGUUGAGUUUGAUGGAUACAUGAGAGUGGCAGUGGAUACUGAGGUUCUUUACAGAGCAAAAACACGGGUGGAAACAUUCUAUAACUUGACCAAGGAUUGCAAGGAUGGUAUUAAUACAUGCUGACCAGGUUGGGGAUGCCAUUUAUUGCUUUUAGUUCUUCAUUCAGUUUUGGGAUGAUAUUGCUGGGUUCAUUUCAGUCUUAUUGUAAUAUCACUUUGUUCUUUUAUAUGUUGAUUGGCAAUUUCCAGUGCCCAUGAGAAGCCUGAAUUUGUACUGUAGAUUCAAAAUAUUAUGUCUAUCACUUCAUUCUGUUGUCUUUUGUUGAAAUUUCCUGAAGUAAAUGAGUUCUUUCGUUUUGUUUCUUCC